AUGUCGUCUUCCUCAGCCUCGUACAGCUCUUGUUCCUCUUCGGGCGCCGCAAGCAAGAUACGCCCUAACAAUGUCUGGGUGUACAUUUGAUGCCGAAUGUUGUUCAUGCAGCGUGUCCAUUGCUUGUGAAAUUUGCUUCGCGGACUGAGUUAUCUUUUUGAUGCAGUGGCCCAACUGGAGCGUAGAUGCAAGGCUCUUCCCUUCGCCACCCAGAAUGGCAAGUCAGCGACCUCUACGUACUUCUCCAGCUGGUAGUCGUCGGAGCCGGCGAACGCCAUCAGGUAUGCGCGGAUCUCACCGACAUACACCUGGCCCUCGUGAACCCAUCCUCCCGUGAGACAGUCGUCUGGGGUAGGGAGUUCUUGCCAACUACCGUCCCCGUACCUGUUGAUGGCGUCACCAAAUUUCGCCUGAGUCGUUGC